UUAUCCAUCUUUCCAGACUUUUUUUUUACCAAACAAUGUGGCUUGCCAGUUUCGAUAAGCUGUACAGUUGUCGAAACGAUUCUGUUAUAAACAUUUCCCAGAGGCACUAGCACUACAUAUUCGUUUUUGUAUAACAGCAGUGAUUUUAUUUGAAGAACAAUGUCUAACACUGUUUCUUUCAGUACACAAAUAGCUGCAAUCAUGGAUGUGCUAUCAAAGGCAGCAGUUGCAGAAAUAACCAAACUUGUAGACGAGGGCACCGUCGUGCUACGGCUUGAAAUGUGUCGGAAAGAAAAUGAGAUAGAAGGGCUUCAAAAUAGUUUACAGCUGAUGGAAAGAGAACUGAGGAAAGCUCAACGAGAAGCAGCAACACGAGUGACAAAUGACAGGCAACAUGCUGAGGGAAUCCAGGUUGGGAGUGGGACUCCACAAAAAGGUGAUGAAGAGAACCAAAAAGGCCAAGCCAUGCCUGUAGAGGACCCAGUAGAGAGCUUCAAUGAGCUGCAGCGUUCUGGACACCUUGAAGAGGCGAGGGGUGGACUGGAGUUUCUGGUGAAAGCAGAGCAGGUGGAAGAACAUGUAGCCCAGGGAACCAUACAAGGUCCAGGAAUCACAGACAGUGUGGACUUUAGAAUGGACGAGAGAGAUAGUCAGCUGUGGUCCUCUGUUACACAAGGACUAAGUGGGAAUAAUUCUGGCCACCCAGAUGGGUCUUACUCUACAGGGAGAUGCUUACAGAUGUUCUCAACUCAGGCAGAUCAAUAUCCCACUCCCAUCCCAUCCCAUCCUUCCUGUAACUCUUUGUCCAUUGUAGGGAAACCACUGGAUGACAUAUUCAGCACUGUCCCACUGAAAGUGGAGCCUGAGAGGCAUCCUGUGUAUCAUGACAAUGACAUGUCUGAGUCCAUACAUGUUGUGCAGGGGCAGUACAGAGAUACUCUGCAUCCUGUUGUGAGGGAGAGCUUGAUUUUACAGCCCAGAAUGCAGCAGCCAGGACCUUCUUCACAAGGGCUCUUCAGAGCAACUGAGAUUACAUCAGAGUCUCACUCACACAACCAAGAGCAUAUUCUUAAUAAGAACAGAUUGAAAACAAAGAGGAUGGUAAAUGUUUGGAGAGCUGCGCCAAACCAAAAAGUGUUCAUCUGCUCAUUGUGUGGAAAGAGCUUCCACCGCCAUUGUCAACUUGAAGCACACCAGCACUCUCAUGCUGGAGUCAAGCCAUACAGAUGUCUUGAGUGUGGGAAAAGUUUUACUCAGAAACAAAGACUUAAGUCACAUCAGAGUGUUCACACGGGUGAGAGACCUUUCAGUUGCAGGCUCUGUGGCAAGAGGUUUGCAAGGCAGGACAACUGCCAAACACAUGAGCGAUUUCACAGUGGACAAAAGCCAUUUAGUUGUGUUCAGUGUGGUAAAAGUUUCACAGUUCUCUGUAACCUCAAACUACAUCAAAAACAUCAAUGUAAGUAAAUUUGCCAAUGUCCGAAUGUAUGAUUGCAUGUUCUGUGUUUUCCUCAGCAUUGUACAGUUAAUGACCUGUUCAUAUUGAUUGUUCAACUGUACUGAGAUUAGCAGGAUUAGGUUUCCAAUCAAGUAUUUCAAGAUUUCAUCCAGUGAUGUAUAAGUACAGUAAAGUACACCACAAACUAAAGGGUAACACAUUUUUACUUGUGCUUUGUCAUGACUUACCUGGACCACCUAUUGAGAUGUGCCUUUAGUUUUAAUGUUUUUAUUUCACCUUUUUUUAACCAGGUAGGCCAGUUGACAACAAGUUCUCAUUUACAACUGCAACCUGGCCAAGAUAAAGCAAAACAGUACAACACAAACAACAACACAGAGUUACACAUGGAAUAAACAAACAUACAGUCAAGUAUGUAGUUACACAUAUAUAAGUAUGUAGUAUAUACAGUGCCUUGCGAAAGUAUUCGGCCCCCUUGAACUUUGCGACCUUUUGCCACAUUUCAGGCUUCAAACAUAAAGAUAUAAAACUGUAUUUUUUUGUGAAGAAUCAACAACAAGUGGGACACAAUCAUGAAGUGGAACGACAUUUAUUGGAUAUUUCAAACUUUUUUAACAAAUCAAAAACUGAAAAAUUGGACAUGCAAAAUUAUUCAGCCCCCUUAAAUUAAUACUUUGUAGCGCCACCUUUUGCUGCGAUUACAGCUGUAAGUCGCUUGGGGUAUGUCUCUAUCAGUUUUGCACAUCGAGAGACUGAAAUUUUUUCCCAGUCUCUCGAUGUUGCAUCAACCAUUAAUAUAACUAUUUCCUGUGCAGGGCCUUGGUGUAGUGGUUACACUUUCCACCUGAGACCAGAGUUUAAUCCCUGCUUCCAAUCUUCCCACUGUUUUUCCCAAUUUCAUUAUUGUCUGAAAAAAAGUGUCUAACCACCAAAAAAACAUGGUUAAAAAAUAUAUUAGGUGGUGCGCUGGUGACCGGCAACAUGUGAAGACGCGUUUUCUUGGUGCGCCGAUCCAGGGCAAACAAUUUACUAUUAAUACUUGAACAACACCUCCCCCACUGUGUUCAUUUUGUAACAUUUAAUUUGGAAUCAUACCCAAUUUACUACUCUUGACUUUUUGGGGGUGAAAAUGUUGGCCUUUUAAUCGUUAAAAUGUCUUGACAAGGUGGAGGUGGAAAGUUAAGUUCCUAGGCGUACACAUCACAGACAAACUGAAAUGGCCCACCCACACUGACAGUGGUGAAGAAGGCGCAACAGCGCCUCUUCAACCUCAGGAAGCUGAAUAAAUUUAUUCUGUCACCCAAUUCCCUGACAAACUUUUACAGAUGCACAAUCGAGAGCAUCCUGUCGGGCUGUAUCACAGCCUGGUACGGCAACUGCACCGCAUUUGUUGUAGUUAUUGUUACAUAUAGAGACAGAUAUGACACUAUUGAGCAAAGAUAGGUAUACAUUAGACCACAAACAGAAAGCGGACAGGAAACCAAAGAUUAAACAGACAUAAGUGUAAUGGCCGAAGCCAUACGUGCCUUAAAGUGCAGAGGAGGAGGUGACCCUUAAAUACAUGGUCUAUUAUGGAAAGAGCAGGACACCAUUAUAAAGACUAGAUAGAGAGGAACAAACAUAAGUGCUUAGGGUAAAGGCCAUAAGUGCUUAGGGUAAAAGCCAUAAGUGCUUAGGGUAAAAGCCAUAAGUGCUUAGGGUAAAGGACAUAAGUGCUUAGGGUAAGAUAGACAUAUAUUAAUUUUAGGACACGAGAGGGUCCUGCCACCAUUGUAAUCUAAUCAAGAGCGGAUACAGGCGUUAUUAGGCAUGAACAAGCUGGAAGCCUGGACUGAAAGAUAAUGGUGGCCGAUGACCUGAGGGAAGUAACUUCAUUAACACACAUGGAAUGGACUCAUAUACUGUGAGUGUAUAAAUACAGAGCCAGUGCUCUGGGAAAGUAUGUGUUCCGCGGACCAUCUAGGCUUCUGAUAUGUUUGUAUUAAAAGCCUAUAUUGAAUUCACAA